AUGAGUGCAGUUGAUAAUACCGAUCAUUAUCAAAAAAUCGAAACACCUUUCAAAUACAAGCCAACCCCUCUGAAUGUUCAGCAGAUUAAUCAAGCUAAGUCUACGAUUGAUAACAAUCAUCCCCUAGCUAGAAUCCCUCUCCUGAAGGCUCUUCCAUAUCUCAGACUUUGCGGCUGCUGCUUAAAGAAGCCCAAGAAGGACUACAGACUUGCUAUGAAGAAGGCUCUACUUCAUAAAAUGGACAUGAGAAUGCCCAAGACUGAUAUGAAACUCGAGGAGGACCCCUUCCUUAGACUCGGUUUCGGUAUGAAUGCCUAUUAUGACACCUUGAAAUACUUAAUGGUGCUCAUGCUUUUGCUUUUUGUCUUCUCUCUGCCCUCUGUCUUCAUUUACGCUUCAUAUGGUGGUCUCGCCAAGCAAUCCAUGGCCUUCAUCACUAAGUACUCACUCGGAAAUAUGGGUGGUAGUGAAACUCUUUGUAAAAUUGCUCCAAUGGAAUCUCAAUUCGUCCAAAUGGAGUGCUAAUCUGGAAGAUUCCACUUUGAUAAGUUUGAUUUCGGUAUCAUUCCAGGCAACAGUAAAACUCAAAACUAUUGUCUCAGAAAUGAUAUCACCACACCAUGCUCUGAGGAAUUCGAUUAAGCAAAAGUCAAAGCAUACAUUCAAAAGGAAUGCUUCAAAACAAACGAAUGUUAGCUCGAUGUCCAAAAGAUCAGAGGUAUGAUUACUAACACUGUUACUGCCAAGAGCAAGCUAUGCCUAGAGGAAACUUCCAAUUUCUUCGUCCAAAUUCCCUGCACUUUCCACAAAGAAGAGAAUUAAGAUAGAAGAGUUCAAGGUUUAGUCAUUGGUUGCAUGGGAGUCUUUAUCUCUCUUUUCUUCGUAGUCUAUGUUGACUAUCUUAAGAGUAUCUUCAAGAAUCUCAACAUUGAGUGGGAUGUCAAGACUAUCACUGCUGGAGACUACUCAGUUGAAUUAGAUAUUUCUGAGAAAAUGUGGAAAAAUUUCCUUGAAAAGAUUUACAAACAAGAUAUUGCAGCCACAAAGUUAUCUCAAUUCAGAAAGUAUCUUAUUGAAUAACUCGAGAACAACUUCUCAAGACUUCCAGAUCUUGGAUUCGAAGACUAAAAGGUUGAACGCAUUAGAAUUUCUAUGCUUACAUUUGCUUUCGAUAAUGCUGACCUAAUUAACUUACUUAAGCAAAGAGGUCUCGCCAUUAAGCUUGAGAAAUACGAUAAGAUGAGAGAAAUUAACAAGAAAAUUGAUCAUUUAAAGCAAACAUCCCUUGAAAAGUAUAACAGACCAGUUACCGCAUUCUUGACCCUUGAGAACGAAGAGGGCCUUAACAGAUGCAAAGCUUACAAGGAUACCGUCACCGUCAAUGAGUUCGCUGAUAUCAGAUCCCUCCUAGACCAAGAACUAGAUUUCGAAGAUGCAGCUGAACCAACUGAUAUUAUCUGGGAAAACAGACAUUUCACCAGAUGGGACAGAAUUAAGAGAACCUCUAUAGUUAUUUCAUGUGUUUUCCUCCUUCUCUCAAUCUCAUUCAUCUUCAUUUUCACCUGCUCAAAGAUUGCCAACAAGGCUAUUUUGAAGUACCCAGCUGCUGAUUGUUAGGAUGUCGCCAAAACUCAAGGAAACUCAUUCGCAGCUAAUGCAUUCGCUGAGUGGGACAGAAAUUUCGACAAAGACGACAAGGAAAAGGCUGAGCCAAUUUACAUGAGCACUCUAAAAUGCUACUGUGAUAUUCAAAAGAAAGAGGACAAGAGCUUCACCAAAAGCACAACUGUCAAUGGAACUAGACUAGAAGAUACCACUAACUCCUAUGUUCAAAAGCCAAUUUGCUACACUUAUUUGUAAGAUAAGCUUCUUUCUCAAGUACUUGGAGGCAUUAUGUCGUUCGCUAUCGUUGCUAUCAACUCAGUUCUUAGAAUCGUUUUAAUUACCUUGAUUAAGUGGAUUGGAGAGGAUACUUACUCUCAAUAAUUGAAAUCAAUUACCAAUGGUGUAUUCAUCACUCAAUUCCUUAACACUGGUUUCCUCAUGCUAUUGGUUCAAGCCAACCUUGGAGAAGUAGGAUUCCCACUUGCCGAUAAAGUCUUUAACGGCCCAUUCUAUGACUACCUCCCUCUUUGGUACACUGCUGUAGGUUACAAGCUCACUCAAACUAUGAUUAUCAACUCAAUCUUCCCAAUUAUUGAAUUCGGUAUUGCCUUUUCAAAGCUCUGGGUUUUCAGAAAGAUGGACAGAAGCUGGGGUAAAGAUACCUACAAGACCAAGAAGACUAACAUGCAACAAUAUGUUGAUAUUUACAGUGGUCCAGAAUAUCUUAUCCAUUUCAAGUACUCAGGUAUUCUCAAUGUUACCUUUGUCACUAUGAUGUAUGGUCUUGGUAUCCCCCUUCUUUUCCCAAUUGCCGCAUGGACCUAUUUCGUUCUCUACUCCCUCGAAAGAAUCUUGACUGCUUAUUUCUAUCAACUUCCACCUACCUUUGAUGAUCAAAUGACCAAGAAUGCCCUCGGCAAAAUGAGAUGGGCCACUAUCUUCUAUUUAUUCUUUGGAUACUGGAUGCUCUCAAGCAAGAUCAUCUUCAGCAGUCAAUACAAUCUCAUUAGUGUUACAAAUGAGCUUAUGAAAUCAAACCACACCAUCAGAAGCAUCAGAGUUGACCAAGCUUAUCCACUUCUCUUCAUGGGACUUUGUGUCUUUGUUAUCAUUCUUAUGCAAAGCUUCUUCAAGAAGACCCUUAAGAAAUGGGGAUUCACUUUCGGUGGAUCUAAAAUCAACGUUGAUGAGAACUUACCAUAUUUCUUCGAAUCAAUCAGACUCAGAGACGCUGACUGGCUUCUAAAGGAAAACCAAAACCUCAAGGAAGAAUACGGAUUCUCUAUCAUCAGCAGUCAAGUUGCAAAGACUCUUGACACCGUCGGCACUCCAAAGAAGGCAAUUCAAGGAGUACCCUACUAUAUUAUCCUAGCAAACCCACUCUACUACAGAGACUUCCAAUAUAUCUGUUGUGAUGUCCCAUCAAGAGACACCUUGAUUAAGGACGAUGAUGAUGAUGAGGGUAACGAUUGCGAGCAAUCAGAUAUUGUCUCAAUCGUCUUGAAUAUGGCCUACAUCCCAGAUGAAGUUUUGAACGAAUUCAAAUUCGAGACUGGAUUCCACAAACAAUUCAGACCAGCAAUGGACUUCUAUCUUGCCAAGAAGGGAAAGAAAUCAAUCAAGGACAAGAAAGCCUCAAAGGCAAAGAAAGACGAGCAAGUUGUCCCUGCUGCAGGUGGUCUCUUAAUGGGCAAACUCGCUAAGAUGAUGCAAUGA